UAAAAAGAAAACAGAAGUCAAAUUAAAAGGCAAAAAAUUCGUCUCUGACUGUGUGCGUGUGUGUGUGUGUAAGCUGCGGAUGUUGUUGAACGGAGCGGUCGGGUGUCAACGACACUAGUUACACGGCGUGGUGAUGGCGUGUUCAUAAUGAAAAAGACGAGCGCGAAUAGAAGGCCGUUUCGUCUGAAAACGAAAAAUAAAUAAUAAAGUAGAGGGGGAAAGGAAAAAAAAAAAUUGAAAGGAUCGAGAGAAAAACGUCUUGAUGGUUCCAGACUGUGUUGAAGGAGCUAUUAGGACUGCAACCGAGUUUUGGUGUUAGCUGGCCAGUUUUUCCUUUGGCCAGAUAGCGUUGCCUCUGCGUGUUGAGACGUUUUCGAGUAGUCUUUCUGUCACAAACAGAUGCCGUGUUUGCCGCUGCUGCUGCGUGAGCUUUCUGAAGAGCGUUCACCACCACUGUUGAACUGUCUUGAGCACUCGGUCGUCACCUUUUUUUAUUUUUUACCCCCACUUUUUUCUCUGUUUUUCUUUUUAUCCAUCUUUCGUUCAAAUCUCCUAGACACUUUUUCUUUUUUCUUCUUUUCCUUUGGCUCGUGAAUUGCUCUUUGGCUCUGUCUGUGAUUGACACACGUUAAGAAUUUCCAGCGGCCAUGGUUCCUAGUCGGACGAUGUGAUUCAUUUUUAAGACAAUUUCUGCUCCCGUGUGUUUGUUCCCCCUCCAUUUCUACGAAAUUGUGUGUGUAAAUGGUCAACAUUUCUCUGACCAUAUCCUCCUAUUAUAAGAAUAGAGCGUACUGUAUCUAUAAUAAUAGCGAUGAUAAGCUGUUGUGUUGUUGGAUCGUGAACCGCGUGCCUAGCGGGAUGGGGUUGGCUGGAGAACUCGACACAGUUCAUCCAGGUGCGAUCCGGCUGAGAACGAAGGCAUCUGCCGACCGGUGUAGAUAUGCUAUGAUCCCCCUCCCCGCUUCUAUACUAUGACCACUAGAUUCUUUAGUUCCCUGCACAAGCGUUUAUAGAUACGUACGUAUUAUAUGGUGAGCAUAUUAGACGCAUAGAUACCCUACAUCCAACUACGUCUGUUAGGCAACUACUACUUGCUAUCCAAGCAUAGAAAACAGUAUAAUAGAGAAGACCAAGUCAUACACGUCAGCAGACUUGGUCAGCUAUUGGACCAUAUAUCCAUGGCGAUUUUUGUUGAGCGUAGCUUCAAUCAGACGAGAUAUUGCUCGUAGCGUGACAGAACAAAAAAAAAUUGGACAAAAUGAAUGCAUCCCAAAGUACUUAAAAUUCUUUCACGCGGAUUGCACGUCCUCCUGGAUUUUUCGGCUGAGCAAUGAUGCUUCAAAACGCUGCGAGUAGUUGUCGCGUGAAUCGAUUGCAACGAUAACAAACACACAGCAGCAAGUUGUGAUGUGAUAUGACACGUGUGGAUUGUCCCACAUUAGGAUUUUGCCCUUUUUCUUUCGUUUCGUUUCGUUUUUUUUCCCCCCUUCAACGCAAACCAAUGGGCGAAAAGCGGAACUGCUGAGCCCUGUCUUGUAUAGCAUAACCAUGUGAUGGGGAAUGGGGAAGGAGCCGCUUUCACAUCGUCUUUUCCGUGAGAAAUAGAAUCGAGCAGAGCAGCAAGCAGCCCCGCAGGAAGAAGAAGAUUUAGGCGGAUGUCGUCCAUGUUUUUCGCUGCUGCCGUUCACGUGCUGUUUGUUGUGUCCCAACUUCUCACGCCACAGUCUUUUCUUGUACGCUACCAAAGCUGCAGCAACAGCGAUCUUUUCCCGAUAAAGAGGAUAGACAGUUGCGCCUCUCGCUCAAAAAAAAUGAUAGUUAUUGGCUUAUACUUGGAUGCAAUAAAAAUUAACUCAUAACACGAGGCUUUGUUCUUUUGGAGCAAAGCUGCUGCAAUUCAAUUUCACGACGUGCUCAACAAAGAUCUAACAACGAAGAGCAUCUCCAUUUACUGCGACAGGGUUAAGGAUUAUACAUGGAAGAUGGGGGAUUAUAGACUGGACUUGGAUACAAAUCGCUGGCCGUGAGUAUGGGCUACUAUUAUACAAAGAGAUGGGAGGGGCAACACACAAAAAAGAAAGAAAAACGAGGAGAAGAAGCGCAGCUGUGCGCGGAUUUUUUUCUUCUUCUUCUCCUCCGGCGCGGAUAUAUCCCCGUGAUGUCUGCAGCGUCUGGAUAUGUCAGUUCACACAAGCUUGCCCUAUAUCUCUUAGCAAGUCACGAAAAAGCUGAACAUGCCCGACGAGAACUUAUCGCCGCAAAGCCAAGACGAGUCCAUUGGCGGUGAAAAAGAGGAGGAAGCGGAGGCGAGGAGGAACGUCAGCCGCGGAGGAUAUUCUCCGCACAGCACAACAACGACGGGGACGACUCCACCCAGUCGUAAGAGACAUCAAACACCCAAAGACGAACAAGACCAAGACGAAGAAAUGGCUGAUGCACAUGCCGGAGAAUCAACCGACGUCGAUCCUUUGAUGGCCGAUCAAACGACGACGACGACGACGCCCUUGAAACAAGUUUUAGUGGCUACUCUAAAACUGUCGAGUUCCAUUUCACGUCAGCAUUCCGACAGGGCGUUGCAAAUCGUCACUGAUCUUUUGAUUGGAGUGAUAGACUCGAGCGAGUUUCAGCAACGUGUGAGUGAAACUGUUCACUUGUCUUUUCGAUCCUUCGUCCCGCCUCUGCUCGAUAGACAAUUGAAUGGAUUACGAAGAGAAUUGGCUGCCAGACUUCAUCCUGCCCGUCUGCUAGCCCAGCAAACCACUGCAAGUCAGACGACGAAAGAGCAUGUGAAAGCCCUGCUGUUGCUCGACAGUCAGCUGCAGUCUCUUCAUCAAGAUUCAACGUCUGAAUCGUCCUCGUCGUCGUCUACAUCACAACAACAGCUCAGCGUUUGGCAGGUGUUCCGACCAGGUGCAGCAGAGGCCCAAGCAGGAAGCCAUCCUGCGGGAAGUGAAACGGCUGCUGCGGCUGAUCAAUCGGUCACAGAGGCCACACAACUGGUGCACCAGCAAAACGGCACUACGAGAAAACGUCGUGCUUCGGCCAGUUUGAUAGAGAAUAGCGGCGGAGGAGACGACGUGGUGGAAGAGACGAGAAAAAGAGUGGCCCUGUAUUCCACUCAUCCGCCCGUUUGGAUGCCGCCCAAAGAGAACGGAAGCCAACACCAACAUCCAAUGGCAUCGGUUGCUGUUGGAGGCCCACGUGAAAUGUCUUCGACCAAAAUGCUGUCGGCUUCUUGUUAUCCUUCGAACCCGAUGGCGUCCUUUCAAUCGCAACAAGGCGACGAAGAAUGGGCCAACAUCCACACGAUGUUGAACUGUAUCCUGUCGAUGGUGGAAAAAACGAGACGCGCGCUGGGCAUUUUGCAACAUCGGGCCAGCAACGACAAUCAAGUGCAACAACAAAAAAGAAGAGACUCGUCCACGUCUCUUCAUCAUCAGCAGCAAGUGACGUACGAAGCGUCGGAAUUGCGUCGUCAGGCAGGUGAAUUGAUCGCCCAAACACUGAAGGCGACAGAAGAUCGCGUCAAUCAAGUCAAACGCAAAGCAGAGGAGGCCGUUCACGAUGUCAGACGGGCAGCUAUGAUCGAAUUGCAAAGGGCACUUUCAGCCGAGCGACUUCGAGCAGAACGAUUGGCCGCUGAAGCCCGUCGUCAGGGCGCUGAAGAAGCGCUUUCGGCCUUGGGCCAGCACGCCAUGAUGGGCAGUGGUCAUCAUCCAACGUCGCCAGCUAAUAAGGAAUUGUGCUGGAACUGUGGACGACGAGCUAACGAGACGUGCAGUGGUUGCAACGUGGCUCGUUAUUGCUCGACAUUUUGCCAGCACAAACAUUGGGAAGUUCAUCACAAGAUUUGCGGUCGAGUCUCUCAAGUGAUGCUGGCCGCCGCUGCUCCUUCAUCAUCGAUCGAGCAUCAAAGCGAAUCAGGUAGUCCGUCGUCUUCAUCGCAGCAACGCUCCGGCCAUCGCAACAAUUCAAAGACGCCAAGUCCCGUGCAGCAGCAGACAUCCAGUUCGGCAUCGUUUGUCCAUUGAAAAUUGAAUCCUAAAAUGUCGGCAUUGUACGUGCGUCUGCGAUGAUUGUCACUAUGUCAUAUGCAUUAGAUAUCGCAACGUUUUGAUAGAUAGCUAGUCAGAAUUUACCUAAACCACUGUGCGUACUACUACUACGUGCUGGCGGAGAAAUCCCUACCAGGAACCUAUAUUUGAUAUUAUUGUGUAAUAUGGUAAACCUAAACCUAACGAUUGACUUGUAUUCGACGAUCUCACCUUUCUAUUUUUUUGUUCUAUGGCGCACUCUCGUUGUUACCUCCUAAAAUCAGCCUCUCUUUUUUUUUUUAAUUCUGAAUCACACAUCAAUUACUUCUCUGGUCAGUAUCACUUAAUUGCUAAUUCUAUGCUGCGCUUGGAUAUCCAAUCAUGUGUUUCCUAUACCCGUUUGAAACAAGUCGAGUUCCUAGUCAUUGCUCUGACGUCACAUGUAGAACGUCCUUUUUUUAAAACUAGCUUUUUUAUUCGAAAUCGUCAAUGUGUAAUCAAACAUAUAAUUACGCGACGAAUGUUAUCGUCUUCUCCCGUUCUAUGGACGUCUAUACGUAUGUGUACCGACUGCAGAAAAUAAUCAAACUUGAUCAUU